UUCCAUGGCUGCUCUAUUUUUGGCCAACCCAGAAUGUUUGACUAAAUAUAAGACAACAAGGAGCUGGAAUGGGUGGGGGGUGCGGCUGCUAAAUCCACAGCCCCGAGAGGCUGAAAGGCGCACCGGUGCCGGUGUCUCGGGCUCGAGGAGGAGCCGCAGGAGGGAGCUGCCCUGCCUGCCGUGCGAGGCGGGGAUCGCCGCGCCGUGUUUGUGUGUUUGUGCUCUCCGUGCGCGGCUCUGCCCGGGCCGGCGGGGCCGAGCGGGCUCCCGAUCCCGGGGCUGCGGCGGGGAGGAGCCAGCGCCGCACGGAGCCGAGCGCCGGCAGCGCUCCCGCACCGGCACCGGCACCGGCACCGGCACCGGCACCGACACCGACACCGACACCAGCACCGGCACCGCUCCGAGUGCCCCGGCACCGGCACCGGCACCGCUCCAAUUCCCCCGGCACCGGCACCGCUCCAACUGCCCCCUGCUCGGCACCGGCCCCGCUCCCCCUCCCCCGGCACCGGCACCGCUCCAACCGUUUUCCUGCUCCGGCACCGGCACCGGCUCCUCUCGUGUGCUCCGGCACCGCUCCAACCCUCUCCUGCUCCGGUACCGGCUCCGGCAUCCGCCCCGCUCCGGUGCCGGUCCCGCUCCGGUGCCGGUCCCGCUCCAGCCGCUCUCCGGUGCCGGCCCCGCUCCGCUCGCAGCCCGGCCCCGUUCCCGAGCGGCCCCUGCUCUGCCCGCAGCACCGCCCCUGCUCUGCCCCGCAGGAAGGAGGAAGGGACACGGCAGGAGGGAGAGCGACCUGCUCGGCGGCCGGGCUCUGCCCUCCCUGGCAGCACGAGGCAAGAUGAACAAGAUGAAAAACUUCAAGAGGAGGUUUUCGCUCUCGGUGCCGCGCACGGAGACCAUCGAGGAGUCUCUGACGGAGUUCACGGAGCAGUUCAACCAGCUCAACAACCAGAGGAACGAAGACCUGGCUCAGGGACACCUGCAGCUGGCACAGCUGGGCAGGGAGCUGGCAGCUGACGGCAGCCCGCUGUCCCCACCGGAGGGACAGGGCCGCUCGCCGGUGGCCUCCGUGCGCUACCGCAACCACGGCCAGCGCCGCUGCUCCGUGGAGGACGUCAGCAAGCGCCUCUCGCUGCCCAUGGACAUCCGGCUGCCCCCCGAGUUCCUGCAGAAGCUGCAGAUGGAGAGCCUGGAGCUCCCCAAACCCCUGAGCAGGAUGUCCCGCCGGGCCUCCCUCUCAGAUAUUGGCUUUGGGAAGCUGGAAACCUACGUUAAACUGGACAAACUGGGAGAGGGCACCUACGCCACGGUGUUCAAGGGCCGCAGCAAGCUGACGGAGAACCUGGUGGCGCUGAAGGAAAUCCGCCUGGAGCACGAGGAGGGCGCUCCUUGCACGGCCAUCCGGGAAGUGUCGCUGCUGAAGAACCUCAAACACGCCAACAUCGUCACCCUGCACGACAUCAUCCACACCGAGCGCUGCCUCACCCUCGUCUUCGAGUACCUGGACAACGACCUCAAGCAGUACCUGGAGAACUGCGGGAACCUGAUGAGCGUGCACAAUGUGAAGAUCUUCAUGUUCCAGCUGCUCCGUGGCCUGGCUUAUUGCCACGGCAGGAAAAUCCUGCACCGAGACCUCAAACCCCAGAACCUGCUCAUCAACGAGCGCGGGGAGCUCAAGCUGGCUGAUUUUGGAUUAGCCAGGGCCAAGUCUGUCCCCACAAAAACCUACUCCAACGAGGUGGUGACGCUCUGGUACCGGCCCCCCGACGUCCUGCUGGGAUCCACCGAGUACUCCACGCCCAUCGACAUGUGGGGGGUCGGCUGCAUCCACUACGAGAUGGUGACGGGCCGGCCGAUGUUCCCCGGCUCCACGGUGAAGGAGGAGCUGCACCUCAUCUUCCGCCUGCUGGGAACCCCCACCGAGGACACCUGGCCCGGGAUAACGUCCAACGAGGAGUUCAAGGCUUACAACUUCAGCCAGCACCGAGCCCAGCCGCUGCUGAAUCACGCCCCGAGGCUGGACUCGGAAGGGGUUGACCUGCUGACAAAUCUGCUCCUGUACAGAGCCAAGGGCCGGAUCUCAGCCGAGGCAGCCCUGCAGCACCCCUACUUCAGGAGCCUGGGCGAGCGCGUGCACCUCCUGCCUGACACUGCCUCCAUCUUCUCCCUGAAGGAGAUCCAGCUGCAGAGGGACCCCGGGCAGCGCGGCUCGGCCUUCCAGCACUCAGCCCGCGGCAAGAACAGGCGGCAGAGCAUCUUUUAAACCUUUAAACCGGGACCGGCGGCGCCCUGGUUGCCGUGGAGAUGGAAGCGCUGAGAAGGGAGCGGCUCCCACCCGACCCUCGGCAGAAUUCCCGGCUCCAGCAGGAC